GGUCAAAGUUACAGAACCUCCAAGCAAUUCUUCAUGUCCAGAAACCAAAGACGCAAUCUAGUGGUCUUGCAAUAAGAAGCUGAGCCGCUGUCCUGUCUCACUCCUUUGCACGGCCGAACCGCUCACUUUUGUCGUUCGCUUGCGCAUUUGCGCGAUGGAUUCCUCCAAAGACACGUCCUUCCCUCCGGCCAGCGAAGUCCCCGUCCACCGCAACGCACCCCUAGCACCCACACAGGAGCUGGCUUACAGGAAGAAAUGCAUUCAGCUCAAGCGACGUCUCGCUGAGAUCGAAGCCAACAAUGACUCGACACGCAAAAGGAUCAUGCAAGAGACAGAACAUGUCCAGAAGAUGCGCCUCAUGCGCGCCAUCCUCCUCAAUCACCUGCAGGAGAUAAUGAGUGCCCCAGCCAAACGGCUGACACCGGAACAACUCGAGAAGAUCGGGGUCCUGGCCAAUGGCCACGCAAACCUUGCCGAGUUGGCUGGCAGCGGCAUCACCUUGGAACCACCCCAUACAAGACCCGAGGGAGAAGGAUUGCUGGACGACAGCUCAGAAGAAAGUGACGAGGAUGAACCCGAGCCUCUAGAAAGACCCGAAAGAAGAAGAAGAGUGAACAACAAUUACCGUGAAACCAUCAUGAACACUGUCCCAGGCGAGCCCAUCUCAAACAUGUAUCAACAGUCAUCGUUACCAAAUCUUGCCCCAGCGAACUCAUUUUCACCAGCGCCCCCUCACGAUCCGACGACCCUGACUUCCUCCUUCCGUGUCUCAUCUGCCACACCCCAAGCUACAGGGACCCCAAGCUUUCAACCUCCUUCUGGGGGAGAGCCACAUUAUGGAGAAUCAUCUCCAGUCCCCAGCAAUCAGCAGCUAGGAAUGCCUCAAUACCAGAGCCCCUACCAAGUGCCACCAGGCAUGGUUGCUAACAAUGUCGAUGGAAACGGAAUCGGUCGCUCUGGCGCAGUCACUCAUCGACCGCAGCGACCAGAGCCACCUUACCUUCAGUUCACCGCACAUAUGAGACCGCAGCUUGAGGCUAACCAGGAGGCCCCAGAACACAUACCAGACAGGAUCCAAGCUGAGUGGGACGGGUUGAGUCCUGAAAAUAGAAGGCUCUGGGAGGUCAGAUACCAGGAUCAAAUGACUGAGUACACCGCUGCCAUGGAUGCCUAUAAGAGGGCUACCCGGCGCGAGGCUUCUGGCGGAUUUCCCACUGUCAACUCAUAGGUUUUGUCUGGCAUGGGUAUAGGACCGCUACGACCAAAUAUGCUUCCACAGCCACUACUGGACAUGCUUCCACCUCAACCACGGAACAUCUUUCAACCGCAACCGUCGAUGUCACCAACUCCCACGUAUAUGGUUGACCCGGAGAAGUGGCCGCGCAAAAAGCAAUAUUUCCAGUCUGUUACAGCAGCCGAUCCGGAGGCUAGACGAGCAUUGGGGAUUAAUCGAGCCCGUCCCCGUACUAUGAUGACAAAAAACCCAGACCGGUCACUGAUGCGUGGGUAAUCCGGCCUUGAUAUGGAACUCGGAUACAGUGCUCACAGUGCUGCAUUUUGAGCACGGAGAUUUGUGAACGGUUUACAAGGCAAACAAGGCAUUCCUCGGUUGUUACCAUGCUUCUUGAGAUAUCGAUAGCAUUAUCAUGGGCUUCGAGUAGGUUAGGUUUAACGAGCAAAUGAAUGAUGCCUGGAGAUAUGGCAGGUCAUAGCUAUUAUGGCGGCAGGGAAGCAGCCUACUCGAGUACAAGCAAAGCUCAGUGUACGCACAGUGCAUGGUUGGGCAGACCGGAGUUUAUUCUUAAGAACAUUGCAAUGACCUUUCAGAUUUCAAGUGG